GACACUGCUGUUCAACCCAUGUGAAGACCUUCAUGGUUGGUAAUAUUAACACCGAUGCAGUUCCCCAAUGAAAGUCAUGUUUACAGAAGUUCUGUAGUGCUGUGCAAUCCAACGUGUGGCUUUGUUUUGCUUACACAAAGCUGGAAAUUUCUCUGAAUUAUUUACGAGGAGCUUCUAAUAGAGAUCAAAUUCAUCCUGUUUAAGUCAUAAAAUGUUGAACAAAAGUUCGACUGGAUCUCAGCUGUGUCGGCUUGCUGUUAUAUUGACAGUCGCUGUUCUCAUUUCUCUGACCGUCAUGUUUGUAUGGACUUCACCUCAAACCUUCUGUCUACCUCAACAACUUUUAAUUAAGCCAGACUUAGAUAGACACCACGUAGAGAACAACUCACUCGAUGAAGCAAUGGUUGACAAACCUAUUCUUUUGUUAUGGGUUUGGCCUCAAGAUUACAUAUUUGAUCUGAAUAUCUGUAAAACUAUUUACAACAUUGACGGCUGUCACCUGACGGAUGAUAGAUCUCUCUACAGCAACACAGAUGCUGUCCUUAUUUUUCACAGAGCUAUUAGUCAAGAUCUGUCCACACUUCCUCCAUCUCCUCGCCCUCCGUUUCAAAAGUGGAUAUGGAUGAAUGUUGAAUCGCCAACUAACACACAACAAAUACCAGGAAUUGAAAACCUGUUUAAUCUGACUCUCAGUUAUAGAGAAGACUCUGACAUUCCUGUCCGGUUACGCCUGACUAGCAAUAAGAUCCCAGAUGAGGAUUUUAAAAUUCCCAAAAAGGAAAGACUCAUCUGUUGGGUUGUGAGUAACAAUUUAAAGUGGACAGGCGUCGGCACGAGAAACGCUUAUUUCCACGAACUUAGCAAGCACGUCUACAUACACGUGUAUGGAAAAGCUUAUGGAUCGUUUCUGGAUUAUAAUGACUACUUUCCCACCAUAGCCAGCUGUAAAUUUUAUCUCGCCUUUGAGAACUCCAUUCACAAAGACUACAUCACUGAGAAGUUAAAUGGACCUCUGGCAGUAGGUACUGUACCUGUGGUGCUGGGACCUCCUCGAAAAAACUAUGAAAGGUUUAUACCGGGUGACUCAUUUAUUCAUGUGGAUGACUUUCCAGAUGCAAAGUCACUAGCAGAAUAUCUUAAGGGUCUGGACGUGGAUGACGAAGCAUAUCGCAGGUACUUUAACUGGAGGAGACAUUUCUCAGCUCGACCUCAUUUAAUAUUACAGAACCAAGAGUUUGUUCUGGCUAUUUGUACGGCCUGUGAUUAUGUAGGAAGACACAAAGAAUAUAAAGAAGCUCACGAUAUCUAUGAAUGGUUUUUCAACUAAUGUCAUCUCAGAUGUUUGUGUUAGCCCACAGGUAUUUUUAUAAUUAAUCAGUGGCAUAUUAAAGUUACAUAAAUCAUAGUUUUCUAUAUAUUUUACAUGAAUUAUCUUCAGCACUGUGGUCUUCUGCUCAAACAUUUAUAUUUUUGUAUUGCAUCACUGUAAUAUUGUAAUACUAACUAAUAUAUAUAUUUUUGGCAUAUUUUAUCAUUGUCAAAGGUAUUAUAUGAAUCAUUUUAUCAU